UCACAUUCCAGUGACGGCCACGAAGCUCAUCAUGAUGCAGGCCACCAUGGAGGUUCCAACCAUGGAGAGCAUCAUGGUGCCCAUCACGAGGGAGACCAUCACGCGGCUCACAAUGGCGCGGGCCAUGAAGGUGGAGCCCAUCAUGGCGCUCAUCAUGAGGAAGACCACCAUGGAAGUCACCAUGCCGGUCACCAUGGAGAUCAUGGUGUGGGUGGGCCUGACGAGAGCAGCCCUAGUCUGCAGCAGCCACCAGAAGGAAGCCUGGGCCUGGAGGACAGCCUCUUCGCAGUGGACCAGAGAACCAGAUCCUUCGUCGAUAACAACAAUCGUCUCGCACUGUCCAUGUACCGCAACCUGGCGCCCGGCUAUCGCAAGCAGAACAUGGUCAUGUCGCCGCUAGGUGUCACCAGCAGCAUGGCGAUGCUGUUCCUGGGCUCCCGUGGCGACACGGCGGAUGAGCUGGACGCCCUCCUGAACCUGGACUCGAUGAUCGACUUCAACCCACAUGUCGGGUUCUUCAAAUUCCUGCGGUAUAUGAACCAGAAGGGACGACACAAGACUGCGGUUUGCAAUAUCCUCUUCAAGCAGGCGGACAAAGGCGAAAUGUUCAGCGGGUACCACUCUUUAAUACACCGGUUCUACCGUCCUACAAUCAAAUCACACGCGGACCUGACGGCACCGAACACCAUCCAAGAGAGCAUCAACGGCUGCAUGGCCGAGGCGAGCGACGGCGACCUCGGCAGUUUCAUCGGUGACUCGGAGACGGUGCCGGCCGUCGACCCGUCGCUGGUCACCGCCUCCGCCACUUUCUUCAACGGCACGCUGUCGCCGGCGCUGGACGUGCAGCCGGUCGACGUGUCGUUCCUGCGCUUCCCGUCCGCGCUGCGGCACUUCUCAGGCGUCAACGGCAUCCGGGACCUGACGCUGGGCGGCCUGCUGCAGCUGACCGAGUUCCACCUGGGCGAUGGUAGUGUCCUGCACCAGUACGAGCGGGCCUUCCUGUACGCGGUGCGGCACGACCCGACCGGCGCUAUCCUGUUGAUGGGUCGCUACCUGGACCCGCACAGCUUCGUAUGA